GAUAAUUUUCAGUGGAUUAGUAAUUUCUUUUGAUGACGUCACGGUAAUUGUGAUAAAAUUUGAAAAUUCCUUACCUAAGGCUAAUUAAUAGAAAAGUUCCAAUUACAGCUGGUUUAAAUAGAAACACACCCAAAAUUCGACCGAUUUGUUUUUUUGCUUAAGAAGUUUUGUCACAACAAUCAUGGAAAUAAGUUUAGAAAAUAAAGUGAGAAAAUUGGUAUUGAAUAGACCUUCCAAAAAAAAUGCUAUUACGAUAGAAAUGUAUGAAAAUAUAACAAAUAUUCUGAACGCUGAUGCGACUAACAACGAUGUGGUUGUCACUAUUAUUACUGCGGAAGGAGAUUAUUUUAGCAGUGGCACUGAUUUUUUCUCUUCUCUUUUACAACCCGAAGUAGAUUCAUUACAGAAAGUGAAAGAAAUGGUAGAUGCUUUCAUUAAUUACCCUAAGAUAUUGAUAGCGGUUGUGAAUGGACCUGCAGUAGGGAUUGCAGCUACAUUUAUUUCCUUAUGUGAUAUAAUUUAUUGCUCAGACAGAGCCACUUUUGAAAUACCGUUUGUUCGAUUGGGUUUCACCAUGGAGGGUUGUUCGAGCAUUUUGUACCCACAAUUACUUGGCAGAAGUAAAGCUUCAGAAAUGCUAUUUCUCAACCAUAUUUUAAAAGCAGAGGAAGCAUAUAAAUUGAGAUUUGUCGCCAAAGUAGUGCCUCAUGAAAAUUUGCAGGAAUUCAUAAAGACUUUGUACAAAUAUGGCGCCCUUCCUUUAGAAACAGUUAUCAGAAAUAAAAAAUUAAUGAUGAGAUGGUUGAAGACUACUUUAUUGAAAUGUAAUGAAGUGGAGAAGGACGUUUUGACUGAAUGCUUUGAAUCAGAUGAUUUUGGAAGUGCUAUAUCUUCUUUUAUGCUGAAUAAGAGUAAACUGUGAAAGGUUCUACCCAUUCUAUCAAAUUAAAUGAUGGUACAUUAAUAGGUUUCCAUGUGUAUAUAUAACCACAAAAAUGGAGAAAUUUGGUUGAGGUAUGAUGAUGCUAAAAUAUUCCAUUAAUUCUACAUUAAGAAUGAUGUAGGAAAAAAUUGAGAGGUUGGUACAGAGUUCAACCCAAUUGACCAACUCAUCACAGAAAAUAGACCAAAGAUUGAUAAAUGUUAAUAGAAAUACUGCAAUCCUAAAAAAUCAGUGAAAUAUUAACAAUAUUGUGCCCUAUAAGUGGAUUUCAUACAUUAUUGAACUGUAUUACACAAAUGAAUGUUAAUUUAGUUCUAAAGGUUUAAAUUAUUUUUGAAGGCCUUGUUACUAGUUAAUUUGUUACGAUUAGAGGUUUGAAAUAAAGGGAAUUAUUAUUAAUUCGAAUUUUUGGGGCCAUAUAGACUAGUAAUAAAAAAUAAAUGUCUUACAAUAAUGGAUUACCUUACUUAAGUGACCUAUGGACCCUUGUUUCAAUCCCAGACAAAAAUCACAUGAAUGUUG